GGGGUGUCACGGUGCCCUUUCUCGAAAAGCAAUCAUGCAAGGUUUCAACAAAUACUACCCCCCAGACUACGAUGGGGAGAAACAUAAGAGUCUCAACUCGUACAGAGGCAAACAUGCACUCGGUGACAGAGCCCGUAAGUUAGACCAGGGGAUACUCAUCACACGAUUUGAAAUGCCGUUCAAUAUCUGGUGUGGUACAUGCAAUAACCAUAUUGGUAUGGGUGUACGCUAUAACGCUGAGAAGAAGAAAGUUGGAUCGUACUACUCUACCCCAAUAUUCUCGUUUCGCUGCAAGUGUCAUUUGUGUGAUGGUUGGUUUGAGAUCCAGACAGAUCCAAAGAACACCCGCUAUGUUGUGGUAUCUGGGGCUCGACAAAAAGACGAGGACUGGAACCCAGAAGAAAAUGGCGGUUUUCCCGUUCACGAUUCCUCUGCCUCUGCAAUUGUUGCGGAUCCGCUGGCUACCCUAGAGAAGACCACCGAUGCUCAGAACUAUGUAGCUAAAGUCCAAAUCCCUCGACUGGAAACCCUACAGACUGCUUCCGACCAUUACAACUCUGAUCCAUACUCAUUAUCCACAAAGGCACGGAAGCGUUUCCGGGAAGAAAAGAAGAUCGAGAUACGCAAGAAGGCCGCAGAUGAUCAAAUCAAGGGUCGCUAUGCACUCCCAGAGACAUUCAAACUUCUGGAAGAUGACGAUGAAGCGAGGGAACAAGCCAAAGAGGAGUGGACAAAACGUAGACUUGAAUUGGAGACGGAAAUGCAACGAAAUACGAAGAAACAGAAGUUGAUUCCACCUAUCUCUUCAAUUACAAAUUCAACUUCUCCUCGAACGUCCUCGGCAUUCACAUCUAAUGAUAAGUUACGCUCGUUGAAAGCUCGGAUACUCGAAAACACUUCACGGAAAGCGAGUUCAUUUACUGGUAACAAGCGAAAACCCCCAGACUGGAUCCCUGAUUCUCGAUCCAAGAACGUCAAAGGGUCAUAAUUUGUACAUACUCCAACUCAGUACCCAUAUUUUAAAUGAUAUGAUUAUUAUGAUUGUUUAUCUCUACGCUGUAGACUUCUGUUCUGAGUGGCAAGAAGGUCGAUAGCGGGCAGCACAACAUUUACGAAUACAGAGCACUGAGACAUAAGCCAAGAAUAUAGAAAUAGUGAUGACACAGGGUAGACGAUGGGGAAAAAAGUAUAGAUGAGAUAGGAAAAAGAGAUAAAUCCAGCGUAGACUGAGGUAGAUAAAUAACCACAAUACAAAAUCAACCAAAAGAUGCCCUAUGAAGGGAAGAUGGCCCAUGGCUGCUCGAGUGUAGGCAUCGGACUUUCCCACUUCCAGUUAACAGCUUGAUAAUAAGCAGAUUCGCCACCAUCGAUCUCCUUUAAUGGCCCCAGUCGCAAUGGAUCAGAAGUUUCUCCAGAGUCCUCUAUUUUGACCUUGUCAGGUGCCAUUGAGUGUGUAGACGGAUCACCAUCUCCGGAUUCCGGACUAGGGUUAGUCGAAGAGGAUGAUACAAGAUCUGGUGUGGGAGCUUUUGAUCCGUCGUCCUCCUCCUCCGUAGUUCCCGAAAACGAAAAAUCGAUGAAUUCAAAAGGUGAUGGCAGAGACUCUUUUGAAUCACCGGCAUCCCCUCCACCGAGCGAUACGAGUGACGAUGAACUAGUUCCCUCAGACAUUGGAUCUUGACCAACACCUUUCAAAAUCAUUUCCAGCGUUUCGGCGAUGUCAGAGAUAGACCCUUCACUGUCAUUAGACGCAGUCAUCUUGAUGAGCUGCUCUAAAAAGUUGCAGGCAUCUUCGUUAGACUUUAUACUAUCGAUAUCCUGUUGCUUUUUCAGUAGUGCUUCACUUGUUGGGCCCUCCCACUCAGUUUUCACUUUCUUUGGAGAUGGAGCGCUGAUGCCAGCACUACUAGAAGCCACAGUUUCUCCAGAAGCUGAAAUCUCCUCGUCCCGUGGUCUCUUUAGGGCGUUAACGGGAGACGGAACCGGUUCUUGAUAUGCUUUGGAGACUUUGCGCUUCGCCUUCUGAGCCGGUUUGAUCUUGGGUGACUUCGGUGUCUGAGGUGAGGUGGCAGGCUGGGGAGUGGCUACGCUUGCCGCAGGUGUGGAAACAGACGGUGCAGGAGGAGAAGUUGGUGUGGAGACGGUGAUACCAAGCAUUGAGGGACUAGCUGGGACAAUGGUAGUCACAUUUCUCUUUACAGGAACAGGAGGGUUCACUGAGGCUGAUCGAUUACCCAUGAGAGAAGUAGAUGGGUGUGAGGAUAGAGCGGGUUGUGGGAGUACUUGUUGUACAGCUGGCGUAGGUACUGGAGAAACGUGUGGAGGAGGUUGGGGAGGGCCACUAACCAAAGGAUGAGGAGGAUUUGCAUGCCCGGCCUGAAUCGCGCGGCACGCUUUUUCAAAAGUCUCAGAAGCCGUUUGCAUUUGCAUUUGCAUCCGGCGGAGCUGGGUAAGAUCCAUUAUGUAUCUAGGCGGGUUCAUGCCAGAAAGAUUCCUUUGUUGCGCC